GGAUGAAUAGAGGGAGUAACUUUAUUCCAAAUGGUAUGGUGUCUAGUGAGACACCAUUUGUUGCAAAAGUGCUUGACCCGAAGAGAUGGUCAAAAGCCGAAGGAAGAACUAGAGACCUGCUUACACAUAUUCAGCCCAACCAUACAUCAGAAACAUGUCGAAAUGCUGUAGUAUCUUACCUACGAUCCCUCAUCAUGAACUCUGUCCCUUGCCAGGUAUUUCCAUUUGGUUCCGUACCCUUGAAGACCUAUAUACCUGAUGGGGACAUUGAUCUAACAGCGUUCUGUGAUAAUCAUCAUUCAGAAGACCGUCUGAUCCAAGAUAUACAGCGUAUUUUAGAGAGAGAAGAGAAGAAUCAGGACGCGCAAUUUCAAGUCAAAGAGGUUAAGUAUAUCGGGGCCAAGGUGAAGAUUAUCAAGUGUUUAGUCGAAAACUUUGUAGUUGACAUAUCUUUCAACCAGAUUGGUGGUUUGGGAACACUUUGUUUUAUUGAGGAGGUAGACAAUUUAAUAAAUCAGAAUCACUUACUGAAGCGGAGUAUUAUAUUGAUAAAAUCUUGGUGUUUCUAUGAGAGCCGCAUCCUGGGAUCUUACCAUGGACUUCUUUCAACCUAUGCAUUGGAAACUUUAGUCAUAUAUGUAUUUCAUGUUUACAAUAGUACAUUUGCUGGACCACUUGAGGUACUCUAUCGAUUUUUGGAUUUCUUCAGCAAAUUUGACUGGAGUAAGUAUUGUCUCAGCUUGCGAGGUCCAGUGCCUAUAAGUUCACUCCCUAAUAUGAAAGCUGAACCACCACGUAAGGAUUGCCAAAGGUUGUUGCUGAACCACCAAUUUCUUAAUGCUUGUGAAUCCAUGUACGGCAUUCUGUGUAGCAGCAAAGAAUUAAAAGAGAAACCAUUUGUUUCUAAAUACAUUAGUAUUGUAGAUCCUUUGCUUCCUAACAACAACAUAGGAGGAAGCAUUAGAAAAGGAAACUUCUCUAGGAUAAAAAGUGCAAUUGCUUUAGGUGCAAAGCGAAUCCAGAGGUUACUGGCUUGCCCAGAAGACAAUGUAAUAGCAGAAUUUGAUUUGUUUUUUAAGAAUACAUGGGAGAGAAACGGUAAAGGUUACUGGAUCGAUGCACUCACUUAUAACCGUUACAUAAGAUACGGACAUGUUACAACUACUGGUGAACAUUAUGGUAUUUACAAAAAUCUUUCUAAUCUUUCAGAAGAAUCGAAGCAAAUGCUAGGACCCUCUGAUGAACUUGCUGCUUCUCAAACUUUGAGAUCAAAGCAUGGCGGCGUUUUGACUGGUACAAUGGCCUUUGAUAUGAAGCAUACAAAUACCAUCAAGAAUGCACUUGCUAAUAGAGACAAAAGUGCUAUAUGUUCAUCAUAUGAAGUUCGUGACACGCCUUACUUUCCCGGGUUUUAUUCUAGUUCAGAAUUUGGUCCUUUGUAUAGUGAAGCUUCAACUAAUCAUUGCUACAGGGCCAGAGUUUCAUCUGAAAAUUAUCAACCUUUUGGGCAGAUUUCGUACGAUUGGAGAAAUGAAUAUGAAGAUGACCCAGAAUAUUCUUCAAGUGGUUAUUAUUGCAAAUUUGGGUUGGACGUCAAUGAUGAAACUGUCUGUCCGGUUGAUGGGGCAAUGCUGAUGCAACAGGAAAAGUUUGGUUUUCCUUAUUUCAAUGAAUACCUGCAAGCACCAGUGAAUGUGAAUCCGUGUGUACCUUUCCCACUACCCCACGUUUUAGCUUCUGGAUACAUGCAUGAAAACUCAUUUGGGAUGUUUCGAGAAGAUGCCUCUUCUUCAGAGUACUUUCCAGGCUACAAUACGCCUCAUUAUCACAACACAGCUCCGUUUCCAUUUGCAAGACCAUUCUAUGAGGGAGAGUUUACUGAACCAUUUGAUUAUAGCCCACCAGUACCUCAUCCAGAUCAUCAAAGACAAAUGGAUAUUAACAAAGGUUCCAGCUCUGGUAAUUCAUCUUGGCAGACAUGCGCUUCAAGCUACACGCCAAAAGUUUAUGAGAACACUAGUACUGAAGCUAUCAAUUCAGAUUUUAAAGCUCUUCAAUUAGGUAAGAAACUGCUAAAGACUGCGCCUAACUCAUCAAUUCCUAAUCUUGUUGGCCCUUCUAGUCCGAGUCAGAGAACCGUUGAUGACCAACGUUUUCAACCGGUUGCAGAUGGUUCCUCUGGACCAUCAUUUGAAGUUCCUACCAUGUUCCCAUUCUACAAUCUUCCUACCGGGACUGAAACUACUUUUGCAGCCAGAAACAAUGUGGGGAUGAUGCAUGCUGGUUUAAGCAAUCUUUAUCCGCCAGAGUCGAAUGCCAGUCAUGAUACAGCAGCUACUUCAGGGUACUUUGUGAAUGAAGGUUAUGAUAUACUGGAUAGUGAUUUUUUAAGCUAUUGGUGGAAUCUGCAAUAUGGAAGGUUUUGCAAGAAUCAAAUAUCAAAGAUACCUUUUCCUCCCUUUGCUACAGUGCCAAUGCAUUUAAGGGCACAAUUUGCGGGGCACAUGAAACCUCAGCGAGGUAUCAUGAACAUGGAGCAUCUUCAAACCCCGGUUCCUGUGAUUCCAUAUGGAGAUGUUUCUCCCUUAUAUGGGAAUAUUAAUGAACGUGUUGGUUUUUGGCUUCCAAGAACUAGUGAUGGGACUGGGACUUACUUUCCAAAGACAAAUUUUUCAAGUUAUUACGAGUCUCAGCCAAGGUUUUGCAAGAAAAAUCGUCUUCCGCUAAGUCCAUACAUCCAAAAUCCCAAAUAUGAAAAGAAGAAUAACCAUAGUGAAAGGGAUAAGAAUUUGCAUUUGAGUUCAAAGGAAAGGUUUCCCAGCUAUGGUCAGUUGCAUGGAAAAUUUGAGAAGCCAGGUUCAAGUGAAUCAUCCCAUCGAGGUGAAAGCUCAGAAAGAGGUACUAGUGAGGCAGAAAAACCAGGAACAGAUUCUAAAAGCACUUCUAGACAUGAGCCCUCAUCAUCAAAUCACCUCUGGUUUCGACAAGAGGGAAAACGGAUCAAUAAACGGAGAUGAUGUUCUCUUUACAGGUGUGUGAGGGAUUCAAGUAGCUGAGA